AAAAAAGAAAAAUAUGAUGGAAAGGUUGCUAAUUAAGUUGCUAUUGAUGGUUGCAAUAGUUUUAGUUCAAGCAUACGGAUUCAAAGGUUUCUUGGAGAAAGAGAGGAUUGGUCUAUUAGAAUUGAAAUCUUUUAUAAGAUCAGUCAGUAAUAAUGAAACAGAAAAAAUUCUUGUUUCAUGGGUUGAUGAUAAAGCAUCUAAUUAUUGUGAAUGGGAGCGAGUUCAGUGCAAUGCCACUAUUGGACGUGUCAUCAAACUAUCCCUCAAUUAUACUGUGCAAAUCAAAUAUAUUCAAGAUCUUCGGAGACUUCCAACUCUAAAUUUGUCUUUGUUUCAUCCUUUUGAAGAGCUGAGAAGUCUUGAUUUAUCUGAGAAUAACUUUGGAGGUUGUCAUGAGAAUAAAGCAAAUGAUGGCUUCAGGAGUUUGAAAAAACUCAAGAUCUUAGAUCUUAGUUACAAUUACUUCAACGUCACUUUUUUAUCAUACUUGACUACCAUAACUUCACUUACCACUUUGAAUCUUGAAAGCAAUAAUUUGGGAGAAGGUCUCAAAUGGGUGAAACAAGGUAUACAAUAUUCAAUUAAUUAAUCUUAAUUUAUUUUUGUUUCUAAUUUAAAAAACUAACUCUUUUUUCUUGGUGCAGGUAUUGAUUUCAUCUUACAAACUUAAAAACGUUGGAUCUAAGUUAUAAUUAUAAAAUUAAUAGAAUUUAUAACAAUACUCACCUCUUCUUAAUACGUUAAUACUAACAUUCUUAGGGUUGUUGUUUGUUGUUGUCUUUUUUUUUUUUUUUCAGUUAAUAGAAUUUAGUUACACCAAACUUUUAGUAAUUAUAAUACAGAUAAUGUGUUUGUAUUUUUAAACUAAUACUGUUUGAA